UGAGGAGAUCAUUCAUAAACUAAUUUUGUAGAAAUGUAGAAAAAUCUCAGCUAAAUACGUUUCCAAAAGCUUCAAAUAGCUUUGUGAUAUUCCCUGAUCAACAAAAAAACACAUUAAUAAUUACUGAAAAGAGGCUGUGCUUUUGGAUUGCAUGCAGCGCUAAUGCAAUGGAUCGUUACGGUUUUAAUGCUGCUUUUAUUUUGAAUAUACUUGGUGUACUGCUGUCGAAUGGUUGUUUUGGAACUUCUCUCAUCUCCGGUGCUGAGCCGCAGGAUUUAAAUUUCGCAACUCGAGAGGUCAUAGAAUUAGCCGUACCGGUAAACUUGAAAAUGAAUGACAUCAACGAUUACCGAGAGAUAGUAUUGCAGCCUUAUUCGAAUACCCGGAUUCACUUGGCUAAUUAUUCUAAAAAUGCAGAUGAAAGCGUUGGAUAUGCAUUGGUACAGCUUAAUGCAUUCGAGUUUAAUGUCACACUCAGCUACAACAGCUCUAUUAUCGACGGAGGCCACCUUACGGGGCAAAAUGUUGGUCUGUUGAUGUACGGCGAUGGUGAUCUGUACGCCUUCAACCUGAAUCCGCAGCAACCUGUAUGGGUUUCCUUGGUACUGAUGCUGUACAACAAAUCUGCUCCGGUGCCGGGAGGCUGCAAUCUCGAAUUUCCUGUAGAUAGGUCGCCUAUUCUGAAUCUUACUCUCACCGCAGAAAUUAUCAUCAUUGAUACUCCGGCGGCUUCUGUAGCACCUGCAUUUCAAAAUCCAUCGAAUGCAUGUGGAAAGGCUCGCUUACAGUACGAAUCGUACUACUAUAGUAUGCCUUUGCAUGAUUUCUCUCAAAGAACGUAUUUUUCUGCCAUUCGAGCCCUUAUCAGCUAUGCCAACGCGAAAUCUUCUGGAAAACAAAACACACUCCACGCACCUUUGCAACCCAAUCGACACGUGUAUGGACUCGUAAAAGGUCGCGGAAUGGUAUUUGUAACAGCUGUUAUCGAUCCCGUACACCGUGGCUAUGCUUUGUACGUUCCAGUCCAUACAUACUCCUGCCAACCGUUUGUAAACCAGGAAGACUGCUAUGGUUUGCAUAUCCCACUUCGUUUACUGGCUCUUCUGCUAACUAUUAUUGCCAUCACCGAAGUCAUAGUAGGAUGGAUGCCAGUCGUCGUUAAAUGUUCCAUCAUGGUGGCAUGUCUCGGUUUGCUGGGGACAGUAGAGGCUUUGCAAUUUAUCGAUAAACCUUUACCGAGUGAAUUUAUUAUCGCAUUCUUAAUCGGAGGAGCAAUUGUUGGAUUUUUGAUUGGAUUAUUGUUUGGGUUGUACGUUCCCGUAGCUGGCAGAAUACUCUGUUCAUUUCUCACGGGAUAUCUAAUAUGCCUGUCAGUGUUUGGAGUGAUAAAUGGCAAUUUUUACAAUCUACCACAUGUUUCAUGGUUCGUGGCUAUAGGAGGAAUCCUGAUUGGUAGUGUUCUUAGCAUAACACUUCCAAUCAUAGUAGUUACACGAUCAGUCAUUUUCGGCGCAAUCUCCAUUUACUACGGCGUAAACACCUGUUUCGGUGCCCGACUGGACUAUCCUUUGCGACAUUCGCUGCGUCGACUAUACGUGGAUAACUACGAGCUCGUGUAUUCGGAUCCGAUUGUAGACGAGAAUGAUUUUGUUGCGUUAGCGGUGUUUACGAUUAUAAUGUUUGUGAGUUUGUUUUUACGCUCUCGUUAUCAAUCGGAAGAAAUCAACGGAGACUAUUCGCGAUUUGAGAUACCCUGUCAGGGAACUAUGGUAAAUAAUAAUGACGAAGAUCACAUCGAAAGGAGCACCGUUAUUGCAGCAGAUGAUACGGUGGCUUAUCAGCGCUUCAUGAACGAACAACCGAUUAUAACCCGUUGGACUAACGGCGAUGAUGACGUAUUUGAAUCUCCCAAAACUAAUUCCAGGUUCUUCAAACUUCUUCGACGGAAUGCUCGUAGAUAAAACAUCUUUGGUUUUUUUUAAAACUACUCUAUGGUGCCACUAGAAUACUAGUGUUAAACGUUGUAUGUCAAAUAAUUGUAUUAUGAAUAAAAUAG